AUGGACUCCAUAGGCGUGCUCAUGCCAGUUCCAAUGUCCCCAUAUUUAGAGCAAGAGCUCGAGAAGCGCUUCAACCUCUUGAAGCUCUGGACCGUCCCUCAAAAAACCCAGUUCCUCAAGGACCAUUCCGGCUCCAUCCGAGCCGUCGUCGGUAAUGCAGGGAACGGAGCGGACGCCGAGCUCAUCGAGACUUUGCCGAAGCUGGAGAUCGUGGCCAGUUUCAGCGUUGGGAUCGAUAAGGUCGAUUUGAACAAGUGCAGGGAAAAGGGUAUUCGGGUCACCAACACGCCCGAUGUUUUGACCGAUGACGUGGCGGACCUUGCUAUUGGGUUGGCGUUGGCUGUGUUGAGAAGGCUCUGUGAGAGUGAUCGGUAUCUGAGGAGUGGGCAGUGGAAGAAGGGUGACUACAAGUUGACCACCAAGUUCACUGGAAAAACAGUUGGCAUCCUCGGUCUGGGAAGAAUUGGCAAAGCAGUUGCCAAGAGAGCUGAGGCUUUUAGCUGCCCAAUCUCUUACCACUCCAGAACAGAAAAACCAGAGUUGAAGUACAAAUACUAUCCUAGUGUUGUGGAGUUGGCCUCGAACUGUGAUAUUCUGGUUGUUGUGUGCGCAUUAACUGAAGAGACCCGUCACAUUAUUAAUCGUGAAGUCAUUGAUGCUUUGGGCCCAAAGGGUGUUCUCAUUAACAUUGGGAGGGGUCCUCAUGUUGAUGAACCUGAGCUGGUCUCUGCUCUGCUAGAAGGUCGGUUACGUGGUGCUGGACUUGAUGUUUAUGAAAAUGAACCAGAAGUACCUGAGCAGUUGUUUGAGCUUGAGAAUGCGGUACUCUUGCCUCAUGUAGGAAGUGACACUGUACAAACUGACACUGCCAUGGCUGACCUUGUGAUUGGGAAUCUUGAGGCUCACUUUUCGAACAAACCAUUGUUGACACCAGUCGUUUAA